UUGGCCGGUGUAAAGUAAAAUACUUAAAUAUAUACAUUCCCGGACAGAGGUCUUUCAGUAGUCAGAUAUUGCAGUAACGAAAAGGAAGAAGCUCGCAAUUAUGGAAAGGAUGAUUUUUAUUACGUUUGCAUUUUUCUUUCUUAUGAACAAUGCUUUUGGAAACACAGAUGACAUAAAUGACGGUAUUUGUGACAUAUCGUUGCUGAAUAUCGUGCCGGAUUCUCAGUUGACUGCCUCUUCCUCCUGGUCGGAAACCCAUGGACCGUGGCGUGCUAGGUUGAACUCUACUUACCAUAUAAGAGGUGGAGAACAAAUGCGAGGAUGUUGGGCGGCUGCAACAAAUGACCAAUUUCAAUACAUUGAGGUGGAGUUUGCUAAUAUCACUGAGGUUUUGGCUGUUGUGACCCGUGCAAGAGAUAAUUCCGACGGCUACAACCAAUAUGUGACAUCAUAUCGAGUACUGUACAGCAAGAAUUGCAUGAUAUACAAGACCGUUGAAAAUGAGGAUGGAAGUGAUGUAAUAUUUGUGGGUAACACCGAUACGACGAACAUUGUAACAAAUCGAUUUUCAACUCCGUUGGAGGCGAAAUGCAUUCGAAUCAAUCCUUUGUCUUGGUACGGUCACGUGUCAUUGCGAUUUGACCUAGUUGGUUGUCCAGGUACGUGUGUAAGCCAACUUCUCAGCACAGUGCAAGAUUUUCAGUUGACUGCCUCUUCCUCCUGGUCGGAAACCCAUGGACCGUGGCGUGCUAGGCUUAACUCUACAUACCACAUUGCAGAUGGAGAAAUGAUUCGAGGAUGCUGGGCGGCUGAAACAAAUGACAAACAUCAAUACAUUCAGGUCGAAUUGAAUGAGAUAAGUGACGUGCGAGGAAUUGUGACAAAAGCGAGGGAUAACGCAGAUGGUUACGACCAGUAUGUCACUUCAUAUGGAGUGUCUUACAGCAUGGACUGUGUAAUUUGGCGCACUAUUGAUAACUUUGACGGAAUAGACACGAUAUUUGUUGGCAAUACAGACACUGAAAACUACAAGACAAAUUGGUUAACCUCAACUCUGAUUGCGAAAUGUGUUAGGAUCAAUCCGUUAUCUUGGUACGGUCACGUGUCUUUGCGUUUUGAUUUGCUUGGAUGCUCAGCUCGCAGAUGUUCGUUCCAGUAGAUAUUUCCGGGAAUUAUUUCGAAGACUUAGAGCUGAUAUGAUAUGUAAAAGUGAAUUUAACAUUUGACAGAUUUUCUGAAAAUUGUGAAUAGUACUUAAGACUACAAACAGCACAAUAAACAUUGUCUUUUAUACCGGCCUGGACAAGCUAUACUAGAAUGUUACUAUUUGUGUAAAAAUGCAUUCAAUCAUAAAACUUGGAGAUAGCUCAAUACAAACAAAUUGUUUAUAACGUUUUAUAACACGAUGUCAUAAGACAAAAUAACGUAGCAUAGCAUAACAUAACAUGCAAUAACAUAGCGUAACAUAGCAUAACAUUGCAUAACUUAACAUGGUAAAGGAUAACACAUUAUUUGAUAACAUAGCGUAACAUAGCAUAACUUAGUAUAAAUAAAAAAAUCAUUACAAAGCGUAAGAUAGCAAAACAUAACAUAGCAACCCACAACAAAACAUCAAAUAUUUAUAAAAGAAUAAAAUAAUGGAACCAAACAAAGUGAUACAUAACAAUUCAUAAUUAUUAAUAAUAAUAUUAACCUCGAUGAAAAUGAAUUGAUGAAUCAUAUAAACAUUGCUAAUUGAUAUAUCUUCUUAAAGUAUCAUUGGUUUAUGACGGAAAAACUUCUAAAACAGGCUUUCAGAUAUUAUAAAUUAAGGAAUACUUUCUCAAAAUUUGUUAAUGGUCAAUAUAAACUCAUAUCAAAGCAUAAUAGUAGGCUUAAAUCGCUGAUUGCUUAUAGUAUUGCUCAUCCCGAUGUUUAUGGUGAUGUUUUAAACAAAAUUCGUAAAAUUAAAAUGUUUCCAGCAGGUUGUUGGGCAGAGAGACUUAAUGAAUAACUUGGAUUUUAUUUAAACCGUGGAUAUAAAGGCAAUAUUUUGAAAAGCACUUGCCUUCUAGUUUUUGAAGAUGAAUUUCUGAAACAAAAUAUAGGGUUGAAUAAAGCAUCCUUACAUAACUAAGCUUUCAGUGCUUUGAUUUUAUGAAGACUUUGCUUAUUUUUGUUAUCUUUAAAACCUUUUUUGGCGAAGACGUUUUUUGCUGAUUCGGAGUGUUUUAGCAUGUGACUUCAUUUUCUUCAAAUAGUUUACAUUUUCAAAUCAUUUGGAAGGAAAGAUUAGCUAAUACAUGUCACUUUUAUUUUUAAUAAUGUUUUCUUUAUUUGUUCCCAGUUUUAGUACAAUGAUGUUUUUUAUUAUGAAACUCUAUGAUCACACAGUUUUAAACCUUUUAUAAGGCAGACUGUGUGUUAUGUUUAUAGUUUCAAAUAAUGACUGCAUCGUAUCUUUGAAAGGUUUUUGCAUUAGGUGCUCUGAAUUGUAUUCCUCCCUCUGCAGAUAGAGUUGUGAUCUCUAAUCAUAGAAGUACUUGGGGUUUACCUAUAAGUUUAUUAUUAUUUGUUUUAUUAUUAAGUUUCCUCAAGUUAAUGCAUACUUUGAUAAGAUUUACCUUUUGCGUUUUAUCUUAAUUUAGGAAUGUUGGGAAAAGAGUGAGGUUUGUGCGCAUAAACUGGUUUAAACCCCCAGUAAAUUACAUUCUACUGACCGUUCCAAGGCGUUACAAUCAUCGAUAAACAUACCUAGUUUUAUAUAUAUAGUAUGUAUGCACUGUACUGUUUGUGGAGUUUUGUGAUGUUCUUCCAUGUUUCUUGUUUGUGAUUUUAUGUUCUAUAUCUUUGGCGUUUGCCCGUUCCCAUUAAACCUUGUUUGUGUUUAAACUGUU